AAGGGGGCAGUCGCUUUUCCCCACCAAAAGUCACUGGAUGUGUGGAUGGUAUGCAUUUGUAUUUGUCGAGGAGUUUAACAAUUUCGUAUACUUCUGUAAGCAUACGGUACCUAAGUGGUGAUGCAUUUAUGAGAAAUUGUGGUUUUUCGAGUGGAAUUUGUUGCACUAAAACUCUGUUUUCCUCGCCAAGGACUUUAAAAAGGAUACCCUUACAGUUUUCCUGAUUGUUGUGUGCGUGUAAGAAAAAAAUAACAAACGAACAUGUCUGUGUUUGGCAUGGUGUCCGCAGUUGCGGGCUUUGUAAAGGUCCGUUACCUUGUUGACAAAGCCAUAAUCGAUAACAUAAUUUUCCGAUCGCAUUAUCGAAUUACAUCAGCCAUCCUUUUCCUUUGUUGUAUUAUAGUUACAGCAAACAAUUUAAUUGGAGAUCCAAUUCAAUGUAUUAACGAUGGGGGAGUCCCAGGACAUGUUAUUAAUACUUAUUGUUGGAUUACGUACACAUUUACCCUACCCCAUGAACAAAAUAAACCUGUGGGUACACAUGUCGCACAUCCCGGUCUGGGAAAUGAAAAUCAGGAGAAGAUGUACCAUAGUUACUACCAAUGGGUUCCCUUUUUCCUUUUCUUCCAGGGAAUUCUUUUCUAUAUACCACAUUGGGUUUGGAAGAACUGGGAAGAAGGAAAAGUGAGGAUGAUUACUGAUGGAAUGCGAGGGUGUUUGGUAGGGGCCAAAGAAGAAAGAAGUCACCGACAGUCGCGCCUUGUUCAGUACCUUAUCGAAACCCUUCACAUGCAUAAUACGUACGCAUUUGGAUAUUUCAUAUGUGAAGGCCUCAAUUUUGUUAAUGUCCUUUUCAACAUAUUUUUCACGGACAAAUUUUUGGGCGGAACGUUCUUACAGUACGGUUCGGAUGUGAUAUCGUUUUCAAAUAUGGACCAAGAGAAUCGUACUGACCCCAUGGUUCGCAUAUUCCCCAGAGUUACGAAAUGUACAUUCCACAAAUUCGGUCCAUCCGGAUCGAUUCAGAAGCAUGAUGCGUUGUGCGUUUUGGCGCUAAACAUUCUCAACGAAAAGAUAUAUAUCUUCUUAUGGUUCUGGUUUAUACUUUUGGCCGUUUUGUCCGGCUUGGCUUUAGUCUACUCUGCCGCAGUGGUGCUAUUGCCAAAUACGAGAGAAUUUAUUUUAAGAAGACGAUUUAGAUUCGGAACGCCCGAUGCAGUCGAAACAAUUGUUAGGAAAACUCAGGUUGGUGAUUUCUUAUUGCUGCACUUGCUGGGCCAAAAUAUGAACUUGAUGGUGUUUGGAGAAAUACUAGAUGAGUUCGUGCGACGCUUAAAUUUUGGUAGCAAUAGCAAUUUACCUUCAGCUCCGUCGACUUUGGAAAUGAGUCCUAUAUAUCCUGAGAUAGAAAAAUAUGGAAAAGAAACGGAAACAUAAAUGGUCCCUUGAGCAAGAGACAGACAAAAUGCUUAUUUCUCUCCUCGCAGCAUCACUGCAGCAAUUGCAUAUAAUAAGUUUUAUGAAAUGAACAAAAAGAAAAUGUUGAAAUUUUCCAAAUCAAAUGCCAUUUUAGUUCGACGAUCUCAUUUUCAUUUGUUUUAUUGUGACAUUCUUCGAAAUAUGUAUUUUUUUUUAAUUAUUGAUAGUGAUUAAGCGUGCUAAGUAAUUCCUUGUGCUUUUUUAUGAAAAUAUUAUUUUUUUAUAUAUGUAUAAGUUUAUAUAUUGAUAACGAAAUGCAUUGAAAUGUGCUUAUGAUAAUUAUACCACUAUUUUUUGUUCCAAAAAGAGACUGCAUUAAAAAUGAUAAAAAUA